CUCUGUGGCAGAGGAAAACUGCAGUCAUGUGACUUACUAUGUCAUGUGACACCUACACGGAAGCUGUACGGGUCGUCUUGAGUGGAUCUGGUGUUGAUUGUAGCCGCGAUAUAAACUGUACGGAAAACACUUCUUUCUAAACAGCAGACAUGGGUGUAUUGAGAGAAGAAGACUCUCGUCUUUUGUUGGAUGAAAAGCUGCUUUAUUUUAUGGAUCAGCUCGAGUUAUUGGAGGAGAAACGAAAGACUCUGAACUCACUCAUCGAGCAGGGGUGGUUCUCCAUAAGCAAGGCCCGUUACUCUAUGGGAAACAAGCAGGUUUCUGCUCUUCAGUUUGCAAAUGAGAUGGAGCCACUGGUUUCUGUGCAUGUUAGAACCUUGGAGAAAGACGAGGUAGAAUUUUGUGCAGUAAGAUCGUCACAAAAAUGCAACGACGAAUUUGUAAAAGAACCAACCUCAAUAGAGGAUAUUGGACCUCAAGAAGGCAUCAGACGAAGAAAAAAUACAAAAAGUGAUAUAGCAGAAAAAAAGACAAGUGAAGACAUAAGCAAGGAAAAAGCUCCUGAGGUAAACCCAGGCAAAAAAAGAGACCCUAAUCCUCAGCAGGACCCACUAAAGUGGUUUGGGAUUUUGGUGCCGCAGUCUCUGAAAGAAGCACAGUCAUCGUUCAAACAAGUCAUAGAGCUUUCAGCUGAGAUUGCAGCUCUCCAGAUCGUGGUCUUAAAUGCCAGACAGGAGCUGAAGCAUGACUCGAGAAACGAUAACGGCUCAACUGGUGCUGGACUAAAUACCUCUGCUCAAUCAAAUGAGAAGGAAACGGAUGCUCUUUCAGCAAACGAGAGUUCAUAAAUCACAACGUCAGAAUCAGAUAAUUUAAGAAGUUAUUGCUGGAUUUAAAGGUGGAAAUCACAGGCUGAUCAGUACCUGCGCCAUUAAUUAUUGUUCAAUAGUUUUCCAUGUUAUUGCAAAAUGUGUAACUUAGUUGAGUUUGUAUAUAAACGUGUGGGAGUUUGUAAAUUUGCCCAAGACUUGUGAGCGUUCUAACAAAUCGUCAUCACGGCUUUAAAUAAAUGUGGAAUCAACUACA